GGCGCAAGGCAGGGCUUCGGAGCCACAGCGCAGCCUCCUCCUCCUCUUUCUGGCCUCGCCGCCCGCCCCAUCCUCGCCCGUGUAACACCUCGACCUAUCCAUCCCGCCUCCUCCUUUCCCGUCCCUCCUCCUCGUCUCUUUCUCCCCCUCUCUCUCCCUCCCUCUUCUGUGCCUCGCCGCAAUCAUGGCCUCGCCCAUCAUUGUCAAGCAGCUGGCCACGAAGACGGUCUACGUUGAUCGUCAGUCGGUGGAGUCUUCCGAGGAUCAAAUCAAGGCCCUCUCUCGGACAUCCACCGUCUACGUCGGGAAUAUCUCCUUCUUCACCACCGAGGAACAGAUCUAUGAAUUUUUCUCGCAGGCCGGCGAGAUUCGCCGGAUCAUCAUGGGCCUUGACCGGAAUGAGCUGACCCCCUGCGGCUUCUGCUUCAUUGAGUUCCGCCACCGAAAUGACGCCGAGCGGGCUAUCCUCUGUCUGAGCGGCACCAAGAUGGACGAUCGAACCAUUCGUGUUGACUGGGACCGCGGCUUCCUCGAUGGGCGACAGUAUGGUCGCGGGCGGAGCGGUGGCCAGAUCCGCGAUGAAAUGCGCCAGGAUUUCGACAUCAACCGAGGGGGAUGGUCUGCCUCGCGGAGUCGCGAUGCGCAGAAUCGGAAUCGGUUCGGCGGUGGCAGCGGCCUCGGUGGCAGCGGGCGUGGAGCCCGCCGUGGUGGGAGUACCGCACCUGUUGGUGGUGUGGUGGCCCCCCGGCGCCGGGAACCCACGACAGCCCCCCGGGUGCGACCUGGCGUCCCGACGCACGCGGCCCCUGGCAUGGUUCAUCCGGCCCUUGGCGCCCCGGUGGCGGCCCUGCGCGGUGGCGCGGCCGCGCACUACAUGCCGGCGCGCGCACUGCACCAGGCGGCUGCCGGGUUCUCACAAGCUGCUGCCGGGGCCCCCCCGGCCGGGCUCAUCUAUGGAAGCAACUUCCACCCGGUCUUCGCGGCGGGCGCGGCCGCGGCGCCCCCCCCGCCACAUAUGCUGGGCGGCAUGUACCACCAACCAGCCGGGCGGCCGGAGGAGUGGCGCCGCCAGGGCACCGGGGCCGGGCUCCCUCCCCCUGGGACGGCCCCGCCGCCGCAGUCCGGACACGGCGCCCCGAGCGCGCACCAUCCCAACUGACCGGUGUACUCCCGGUGUCCUCGAGCACCCCCCUAUACACAACACACAGACACAGACAUGCACACA